AUGGCUGAUUACUCGUCGCUGCUAACCGCAUACGACGGUCCCGAGACCGCCAGUUCGAAGCCUUCACGCGUCACCUCUCUUGAUGUGUUCCGCGGCCUCUGCGUCUUCCUAAUGAUGCUAGUUGAUUACGGUGGCUCAAUUCUUCCGAUUAUCGCUCAUUUCCCAUGGAAUGGGCUCCAUUUGGCUGACUUUGUUAUGCCUUUCUUUUUAUUCAUUGCCGGCGUUUCUCUUGCUCUUGUAUACAAGAGAGUGACAAACAGGGUAGAAGCUACAUGGAAGGCGGUGUUUAAGGCUGUAAAACUUUUUCUUCUAGGAGUCAUGCUUCAAGGUGGUUAUUUCCAUGGAGUAGCAUCUUUGACUUAUGGAGUUGACAUUGAAAGAAUACGGUGGUCUGGCAUUUUGCAGAGGAUAGCUAUUGGAUAUAUUGCGGCAACUUUAUGCGAGAUCUGGCUUUCACGCCAGACAUUGGGGGAGGUGGGAUUUUUCAGGACUUAUUACUGGCACUGGUGUGUCAUCUUUUCAUUAUCAGCAAUAUAUGCUGGGUUACCGCCGGGAACCUCGGAGAGACGGCUUUCGACAAGUUGCUUAUCUCUUCUGAGUCCUCCAUUGACGACCACACCACUCUUAACGUUGGCCGGUGCGUUAGAAGCUGGACUCGAAGGGCCUCCUCACAAGGAGCAGAAGCUAGACUCGAAUAGUAGAGAGCUGCUGGCGUGGGCUCUGGUCAAGGUGGAUCUUAAAGCUCAAAAUCUACAGAAGAACGUCAAUCAAGAAAAGCAAGUGCUGUCACUUUAG